AGUUUGGUUAACGAAUUGACUCUCAUUUUUUAGCUUUUACUCGACUCCUUUCGAAAAAGCAGAUAGCUAGCUCAUAUCCUACAACCUUGAAACCCCUUUCGGUGACGACAACAUGUUCAGAGUGCAUUUUUAAGACCUGAAAACUGAAUUAUCAUAGACCUCUGGCAGCGGUUUCGUAUCUUUUGCUGUUCCUGUUCACGGCUUUCCCAAUAAAUUUGUGGUGGCACAUGAUAAGGAACUUUUAGAAGUCACGUGGGAUAGUAACGCGCAUGAUAUACAUCCUCACACCCAAAAACUGAUGCACCAGGGGCAUCCAGUCCCCGGGCCUAGUAUUUAUGAAGAAAGGCUUAAAUUUGGAACUGUCGACCCGCACGGAAAACUAUGGUUUGGUUCGAUGAAACAGGGUAAGCCAGCUUAUGGACGACUUUUUUCUUUCAGUCCGUUUUAUUGGCCAUAUCUCAAAACACAUUUGCAUCAGCAGGGAGUUAGACCGCAUGUGCAAAAUGGAAAUAACCUUGGCAAUGGAGUCGUCUGGUUCCCUCAUAACCUAGACUAUAACAGAUUAUAUUUCAACGAUGCCCGAAAACUUAGGAUUGAAAUGUAUUUUUGUGAUAUAAUACACCAAGAUGUUGAAGGGGCAGGUCACGUCGUCUUUAAUUUAAACCAGCACCGCGGAGACCAUAUACCCGAUCAUGCCCGUAUAGGUCGUUUCACAGUUGAUAACAGAGGUUGGAUGUGGCUACCUAUUAUUGGAGGAUCAGGAAUUUUGGAAUUUAAUCCAUAUGAAAAUGAAGUGGGUCGAUUUAUUGAAAUACCUUCAUCGAGAGGGGUCAGCGCGUGUGUUUUUGGAGGUCAUGAAAUGCGUACUUUAUAUGCAACAACAAUAGGACCUCUUUCUCAUGAAAUUCGUGCACCAGGCGAUGAUAGUGGUGCGGUUUUCUCCGUGGGACGCCUGGGGGAAGGCGUAUGGGGAUUUCUGGGAAGUGAAUUCGUGUUGACUACUGCUGGCCCUUCACAACCUCUACAUCCUCCACAUGGAACUCAUUGA